AUAUUCUUCCGGUCUAUUGUAACGAACGGCAAAUAUUGUUUCAAAAGGCUCGGGGGGAAAGGAUCUGCGUUCGCGCUAAAAACAAAACAAAACAGCGGUUUAUUCCUUCAUCAUGGUGAAGAUCAGCUUUCAGCCCAUCACAGGACAAAAAGCCGAGAAAGAGGGUGGUGAUGGAGAUAAAACUCAAAUAUUCAUACCGCAUUCACACGUGGAAGAGGAGCUGGUCUUACCUGUUGGACGGAAGCGCUCCUCUCUGAGUGGACUUUGCUGCCUGACAACUGCACUGAUUGUCUUCACCUGCAGUCUGAUUUAUGCUUCGAUAUAUAUCUACCGCUACUACAUCAUUCCUCAGGUUCCGGAUCAAAGUCGGUUCCACUGCCGCGUCGUGUAUGAGGACUCGGUGGCUGCUCCGCUGCGAGGUUCCCAUGAGGUGGAGGAGAAUGUGGGCAUCUAUCUGAAGGAAAACUACGAGCAAAUCAGCGUCCCUGUGCCCGACUUCAGCAACACAGACCCUGCUGACAUCAUUCAUGAUUUCCACAGGGGUCUGACAGCCUACCAUGACAUCGCCUUAGACAAGUGUUAUGUCACGGAGCUCAACACCACCGUUGUAAUGCCGCCUCGCAACCUUUGGGAGCUGCUCAUUAACGUCAAGAAAGGGACUUACCUCCCCCAGACGUACAUUGUGCAGGAAGAGAUGGUCGUGACUGGUCGUGUUAAUAAUAUGCAUCAGCUUGGCCGGUUUAUUUACCGUCUGUGUAAUGGUAAAGAUACGUACAGGCUCCGUCGCCGCACCUCACGCCGCCGUAUCAGCAAGCGCGAUGCGCAGAACUGUCACCGAAUCCGUCACUUCGAGAACACAUUCGUGGUGGAGACGGUGAUUUGCGAGACCCCAUAGGCUGUUCAUCACUUUGCUCCACCCAUGUCCAAUGAGAUCAUCUCUGCUGAUCUCGGUAGCCACACCCCUUUGAAAAUCACACACUUUACCUCUGAUCCUUAAUGUCUGUAGCCCCAUCACUCUAUCUUUUUUGUACUUCUCCCUCUCUGUAUUCGUAGUAAUUCAUCACAGCCUUCUCUUGAAAGAUAUCCGACGAGUCCUGUUUAUUCGCAAUAAUAAGCAUUUCAAAAAAA